UUUAUCAUGGCUCCUAAUAAUAAAGACAAAAAAAAAUCGAAGAAGACUAACGAUACUGAAAAAAUAUUAGAACCAGAACUCAUGUAUGACGAAGGAGUAGAUGACACGGACGUCCUUGAGCUGAAUUUGUAUUCGGACAUUAAUGAUGAUUUUUUUCAUGAAGCUAAUAGGGUGGUACAAUUUUUAAUGGAAGCAAAAAGACACUUUGAAGCGUCCCGCAUUAAGAGAUAUAGUGACAUUAUUUUUAAUUUGCAUAGGCGCUAUGUAGAUGAAGUCAAUGAUAAUGAAGUCCUUCGUCCGCAAAUAUUAUCAUCAGAAAACAAGCUCCGCCUAGCUCUCGAACUAACAGCAACUUCAGAAGAAGCUAUGCAAAAGCUAAAGGAGGCCUUGGGCGAUGCAUGGAAGGAAUCAGAUGCAUCAGCUCUGAGAGAGCAGUUAGUGCAAGAGAAAUUACAAGAGGUUCUUAUCAAAUGUGAAGGCCUUACUGAUCGAAAUAGUGGUACUACUGACGAUGCAGCUGAGUAA